CAACAAUAAAUGCUGCACCCCUUAAAUCGGCUGUACUACCACCUGGUUUAGCAUCGGUAACAACCACAAAGAUGGAAGAUUUCACUAUGUCUCCAUCUCUUAUCAAACCUAUGGGCGGUCAUUUACAAGAGCCUUUGCCUUCUAACAUUAAUGAGAUGACUGCUGAUAUGCUGUUGUUGAUUGUCAAGCAUUUGCAUCAGGAAAAUGGCUCUUUGAUUCAAUCCGUUUAUUCUAUGCAACAAGAAAUGACCAUGAUGACUAAGCGCUAUGCUGAAAUUAUGGCUUUGGCUCGUGAAAGAGAGUCUCAGACGUUGGCUUUGUUUGAGAGUAGAAAACAAACAGAAAUGGAAGAAGCCCGAAGAUAUGUUUUGCAAUUGGAAGCUCGAGUGAAGCAAUUGGAAAGUGGUGGUCAACAAUUAGCCACAACAGCAGGAUUUGGUAAUCAAGACUUAUUUGCUGGCUAUCGUGAAGAAAUGUCAUCCAACAGCACUGGCCAUCAUCACCAUCAUAAGAAGAAGAUGUGGUCCAAGACACCUGUUGUUCGAUGCGGUAACUGUGCUGAAUAUGGGCAUGAAAGUGCAGAUUGCAAAGUAAGAUUUGUAUAAAAAGAAAAUGAUUAACUCAUUUUAUAUUAGGCUUAUUGUCGUUAUUGUGGCAGUGCUGCACACUUAUCUGAAGCUUGUCCUAUGAAUUAGAUGAAAUUUAAUACUGUAUAUAUACUGUACAAACUAAUAUAACAAAGAGUUAUUUUGCUUAUAAAAAAAAGGGG